CAGUACGCGCCGACCUCUGGCUCCUGCAGGAACAGGUGUUUCGAGCUGGUUGAGCUGGAGCCCCCAAACUGCCGCUGUGACAACCUGUGCAAGACCUACAGCGGCUGCUGCUCCGACUUCGAUCAGCUGUGCCUCAGGACAGGUACAACCUCCCCCAGUUUUUAACAUGAGCACUUUUACACAAAUGUGGAGUUAAAAUAAAGCAGCUGGUUUUUGGACUGCAAGUGAAGCCCUUAACCAAUCAAAUUGUGUGGAUCGGACAUACUAAAAAACAUAGUGUUGCAGAGCAACGCAUCGGUUCCGCAUAGCCUGAAGCCAUUAGGCAAGCUUCGUUCCUCUUUUCAACCUUGACAAAGCAGAACCGAUCCACUCCCUCAGCUCUUAACUUUUACAAUAAAAAACCAAACCAAUUGUUUUCCAGGGGGAACUUCAAUGUAGUCACAACAUUUUGCGACAGAAAACCCGAAUAAGUAGCAAGCAGUGGCUACACUUGUGCAACAGUUGACCUCAGGCGGCCUUCCCGACCUGAUCUGACCCCUGAGCGAAGCUUUUCAAACCAAUUACUGAUGAAGGCUUAAACCGUCUCAAAUUCCCAUCGCUGCCUGUUGAAUUGUUCUACUGACAAAUAUUCAAAAGCGAGCUAUUCCCACAUUUUUCUGUGUAAAGGACUUCACUUAUCUGGUGUCUGGCUUUGAGAGAGUAGUUCAAAUGAAUUGGUAUUUUAAUAAGUUAUUUAAAAAAGAUAUUUUGGCAUUCUCCUUUUAGGUGGAUCCAAAUGUGUCUUUCACAACUAUCUUUGAUGAUGAAACUUUACAGUUACUUUGCAACAUGUUCCUAUGCUAUUAUCUCCCAGACUUUUGUCUGAAAAAAUGCCAACAAGGCUUUUAAAGUUCAGCAAGAGAAUGUUUUCUGUAAUUCAGUUUGAAUCUACAGCCAUUUUUUGAACCCUGGUGGGUUGAAAUGAUUGUCCUCAUUAGAUAUUCAGGCACACACUCUCUGUGUGUGUUUUUCUCAUGUGUUCCCUUCCUUAGCUCUGUCAACAUUUCCCUCCACCAGUAUUGGUGGUCUGGUCCUUCAGCCUGGUGGUCUCUGGCUUACCGCUGCACAGCCACGGUUGCCCUUCAUGUGCCAGAAAAUGAUGGCAUUUACCCAAGCAACAAAUCUAAUGUGGUGUUCUCAUCUUUGGCCGGAACACACGCAGUGUUGUCAGUGUUUGUGUCAAACGGCACAGCGCUCAGCUGGAGGCCGUGCAGCAGACAGACCUCAACAACAUUAUCCACAUCCGCUGUCACGUCUUCCAUUGCUACUUCAGAGCUCAGCUUGGUUGUGUGUACACGUGUACCAGGUUAUUGUUCUCCAUCCCUGCUGGUUGUCAUGUGAACGUUCGUCCACGUUCCCUUACGCAGAGAAGGGUUACGAGUGCAGCAAGGAUCGGUGCGGGGAGAUUCGGAACGAACAGCAUGCCUGCCACUGCUCCGAUGACUGUCUGGCCAGAGGUGACUGUUGUACCAACUACAAGACGCUGUGCAAAGGGGACACUUCAUGGCUGAAGGACGAGUGUGAGGAGAUCAAGACAGCUGAAUGUCCUGCUGGGUUUGUGCGCCCACCACUCAUCAUGCUGUCAGUGGAUGGAUUUAGAGCUUCUUAUGUGAAGAGAGGAAACACGGUCAUCCCCAACAUUGAGAAACUGAGAACGUGUGGAACCCAUGCUCCAUACAUGAGGCCUGUUUACCCUUCAAAAACCUUCCCCAACCUGUACUCACUGGCUACGGGUCUCUACCCGGAGUCUCAUGGGAUCAUCGGCAACUCCAUGCAUGACCCCGUGUUUGAUGCCACCUUCACCCUGAGAAGCCGAGAGAAACUCAAUCAUCGUUGGUGGGGCGGACAGCCGAUCUGGAUCACAGCACUCAAACAGGGAGUGAAGGCUGCCACCUUCUUCUGGCCUGUUGCCAUCCCUUUGGAGAGGCGAAUAUUGACCAUGCUGCAGUGGCUCCACCUCCCUGAAGGGGAGAGGCCCUACAUUUACGCCAUGCACUCUGAACAACCCGACGCAUAUGGACACAGAAUGGGGCCCAUGAGUGCAGAAUUGAACAACCCUCUGCGGAUGAUUGACAGGAUUGUCGGCCAACUGAUGGAUGGACUCAAACAGAUGAAACUUCACCGCUGUGUCAACAUCAUCCUGGUUGGGGAUCAUGGUAUGGAAGAGGCUCACUGUGAUCGCACUGAGUUCCUCAGCAACUACAUGACCAACGUUGAUGACAUCAUCCUCGUUCCCGGGUCACUGGGCAGAAUUCGCUCAAGAUACCCCAACAACCCUAAAUAUGACCCCAAGGCUGUUGUUGCAAAUCUAACAUGUAAGAAGGCAGACCAGCACUUUAAGGCGUACUUGAAGCAGCAUCUGCCUAAGAGACUUCACUACGCCAACAACCGGCGCAUCGAAGAGAUUCACCUGCUGGUCGAGAGGAAGUGGCACGUAUCCAGGAAAGCUCCUGAAGGGAAGAGACACUGUGGCUUCUCUGGUGACCAUGGAUAUGACAAUAAAAUCAACAGCAUGCAGACUAUUUUCUUGGGGUACGGACCUACAUUUAAAUUCAAGACUAAAGUUCCGGCCUUUGAAAACAUUGAGCUUUAUAAUGUAAUGUGUGAUCUACUGGGUCUCAAACCAGCCCCCAAUAACGGCACCCAUGGCAGUCUGAACCACCUCCUGAGAAGCCCCCCCUACAGGCCCACCAUGCCAGAGGAAGUUUCGAGGCCUGCAGCCUCUGGUCUUGGUGCGGCAGGAACAGACGACCUGGGCUGCAGCUGCGGAGAAAAGAACAAAGUGGACGAGUUAAACCAGCGACUGAGGCAAGCUAUGGAUGACAGCAGGAACUUGCCGUACGGCCGACCUGCUGUGCUCUUCCGUACAAAGUACUCCGUCCUCCACCACAGCGACUACAUCAGCGGCUACAGCGAGGCGCUCUCUAUGCCUCUCUGGACAUCCUACGCUGUCAGCAGACAGGUUGAAGUGUCCCCUCUGCCUGAAGCCAUGUCCAACUGUGUGAGACCUGAUGCCAGAGUCCCUCCAGCCUACAGUCAGUCCUGCACCAACUACAGAGCAGACAAGCAAAUCACCUACGCCUUCCUUUACCCACCACAAUUCUCUACAACCACGGACAAAAAAUACGAUCCCGUCCUCAUCACCAACACCGUCCCCAUGUAUCCUGCAUUCAAGAGAAUAUGGAGUUACUUCCAGAGAGCACUAGUGAAGAAAUAUGCAACGGAGAGAAAUGGAGUGAAUGUGCUUGUUGGACCCAUAUUUGACUACGACCACGAUGGUGUCAGAGACUCCGCUGAGAAGAUAAAGGAGUACGUAAGCGGGGUGAUACCGGUCCCUACACAUUUCUUUGUGGUCCUGACCAGCUGCUUAGACUUCUCGCAGGCUGCAGACUCGUGUAGCGGCCCACUCAGCAGCGCUGCCUUCAUCCUGCCACACAGAGCCAGCAACGACGAGACCUGCAACAGCUCAGAGGAGGAGUCUCGCUGGGUGGAGGACCUCCUGAAGAUGCACACGGCGCGAGUCAGAGAUGUGGAGAUUCUCACCGGCUUGGACCUGUACCGCAGAACAAAUCGGAGCUACGCCGAAAUCCUCUCGCUCAAGACCUACAUGCACACUUAUGAGAGUGAGAUCUGAUAUCCGCUGCCCC